UUCUUUUCUCCCCUGCACUAUACUGUUACAGUAUUUAAUUAACGUUGUAUAUGCAUGAGAUUGAUCAUAUUAGCUAUGUUCGUCAAGCUUUUGAAGCUGCAUCUUUGAGAUUUUUUCUUAAGAUCCUCGAGAGUGACUUAUUAAAUGAGUCAGAUGGUCCUGUUGCUGGUUAUCGAAGUGUAUUGAGAACUUUUAUUUCUGCAUUUAUUGCAUCUUAUGAGAUCAAUAUUCAGGAAAUUAGAUUAAGUAUCUUGAAUGACCUCAAGUUGUUUAUUUUAUUUAUAUUAAUAUUUUAUGUUUUGUCUAUGUUGCAGCUGGAAGACAGUACCCUUAAUUUGAUAUUGGAUAUUCUUUGCAAAGUUUAUCGGGGAGAGGAAUCACUUUGCAGUCAGUUUUGGGACAGAGAAAGUUUUGUUGAUGGUCCUAUUUGGUGUCUUCUUUUAAACCUAGAAGGUGACUUUCCCUUCAGGACUGUGGAACUUACUCGCCUUUUAUCAUCCCUAUCUGAAGGAGCUUGGCCAACAGAAUGUGUGUAAGUUUCUUUAUUUCUUUGCAUUGGGUUGAGGAUUCUACAGUAAUUUCUGUACGUUUGUAAACACUACACUGUACUAUAUCAGCAUAAUUGACUGUGAAUAUGUAUCACUGUUUUGUAAUUACUUGUUAGUGCCCAAAUAACUUAAGGUCUAG